AUGCUCUGCAAUAAGGUCGGCCAAUCCUACAAGACGUCUACUGACAUGUUGUUUACAGCGGCCUUCCUUACCCAGAAGAUUUCCCUGCCCAACCGGAUCAUCAAAUUCGAGAUCUGGGACACGGCUGGCCAGGAACGAUUUGCCUCUUUGGCACCCAUGUACUACCGCAAUGCGCAAGCGGCGCUUGUCGUGUAUGACCUGACCAAACCCACCUCCCUCAUAAAAGCCAAGCACUGGGUGGCCGAACUGCAGAGACAGGCGUCACCGGGCAUCGUGAUCGCCCUGGUCGGCAACAAGCUCGAUCUUUGCGCCGAGUCGUCGGACGAGAGCGAUGGCGCCGCCGACGCUUCGGCCGCUACCGAUGAUGAUGACGACGCAGGCGCCGAGCCUGUAGAGGCGGAACCCACAGAUAACGGGGAUGCGAGGAAGAUCUCGACCCGGGAAGCCAAAUCCUACGCCGAGGAGGAAGGGCUCUUGUUCUUCGAAACCUCCGCGAAGACGGGGAACAACGUUGCGGAUGUGUUUUCUGCUAUUGCCAAUGCCAUCCCGGAGACGUCAUUGAAGGGGGCAAGAGGCGCCGCCGGCGGCGGUACCCAGGCUGCUCUGGCCGGGGCUGCCAACCGUGCAGACGAGGCCCGUAUCAAUCUUGCCGAGCGCGCGAAACAGAAGAGCGACAACUGUGCCUGUUAA